AUGACCUCAGCAGGCACUGCGAAGUCAGGGGCUGUCCCAGGCCCACCCCUCUCCCUGCGCAAGCGCACCCAGCACCCGACAGGCCAGCUACACUGCCCAACCCAGCAGCCCCCAAGCCUCGGCCUGGCCGCCGGUCCCCGUCGCUCCGAUCCCGCCCUGCGUCCCGGGCCCCCUGGGGCCUUUUCCCUCCCAGGCCCCGCCGCUCCAGGCCUUGGGGCUGCGUCCCCACAGGGAGGCCAGCCCCCCCAGGCACUCAGGAUCGCUCCGUGGUGCGCUUACCGAUGCUUCUGCGGGCCAGGGCGCCCAGAUGCAGCGUCUCCGCCCCGGCCCACCUUGCGGCUGGGUGUUCUUGUGGAAUCUAUCCGCCGACAUCCACUUCUGGGCGCGGCCGCGCGGGGUCCGCGCUUCGGCCUGGCGUUGGGAGAGCUCUCCCGGGCAUGGCAGGGAGACAUUGAGCCGGCUGCCCCGCGACAGGGAGCGGAUGGGCUGGCUGCUGUGCCGCCAGCUUGGAGUUGGCUCGGGGCCCUGGCUGCGCCGGGCGGCGGCUGGCGAUGUGCAGGACGUCGCCUUUCCAAGGGUGCCGAGGACUGCCCGGCCGUGAGGCGCGCCGAUGCGCGAGCAGCGCCGUCGCUAGGGCCGCGGGCGAGGCUCGAGCCGGCUGCCGAACGCCCUUGGCGCCCCGUGCGGGAGUCGAGGAGCGGGGGGCUUAAUCGGGUUUUUCUUUCCGCUCAGCCGAAAGGGAAGAAGGCCAAGGGGAAGAAGGUGGCCCCGGCCCCUGCUGUCGUGAAGAAGCAGGAGGCCAAGAAGGUGGUAAAUCCCCUGUUUGAGAAGAGGCCGAAGAACUUCGGCAUUGGACAGGACAUCCAGCCCAAGAGAGAUCUUACCCGCUUUGUGAAAUGGCCCCGCUACAUCCGGCUGCAGCGACAGAGGGCUAUCCUGUAUAAGCGGCUGAAGGUGCCUCCUGCGAUUAACCAGUUCACACAGGCCUUGGACCGCCAAACAGCUACCCAGCUGCUUAAGCUUGCCCACAAGUACAGACCAGAGACUAAGCAAGAGAAGAAGCAGAGGCUGUUGGCCCGAGCAGAGAAGAAAGCUGCUGGCAAAGGGGACGUCCCCACUAAGAGACCACCAGUCCUCAGAGCAGGUGUUAAUACUGUCACCACUCUGGUAGAGAACAAGAAGGCUCAGCUAGUGGUGAUUGCGCACGACGUGGACCCCAUUGAGCUGGUGGUGUUCCUGCCUGCCCUGUGUCGCAAGAUGGGUGUCCCUUACUGCAUCAUCAAGGGGAAGGCCAGGCUGGGGCGCCUGGUCCACAGGAAGACCUGCACCACUGUUGCCUUCACACAAGUCAACUCGGAAGACAAAGGCGCCCUGGCUAAGCUGGUGGAGGCAAUCAGGACCAACUACAAUGACAGAUACGAUGAGAUCCGCCGUCACUGGGGAGGCAAUGUCCUGGGCCCCAAAUCUGUGGCUCGCAUCGCUAAGCUAGAAAAGGCAAAGGCUAAAGAACUUGCUACUAAACUGGGCUAAGUGUACUGUCUGCGUUUUCUGUACAUAAAAAUAAUAAAUCGUCCUUAAUCUGGUGUGAA